ACUUUGUAUGGAAUUGUAUUUCUUAAAUCAUUUAUACAUUUAAAAUUAAAAGGACUAAUUUUAAUUCAAUGGAUGGAUUUUAUAUGUAAUAAACACAUAUAUUGUCCCUCUUGAAAAAUAAGGCAACUCUGAACCGCAAACAAGACCUGUGAAGUCCAUUUAAAGUGGAGAUGGAGCGGUAUUUUUCGCUUCGGACAUUAAGCGACCCCAUGGUAAACAGAAGGGAUGGCAGCUCUUACUUGGCCUCUGUAUUUCCUCUUUUGCGUGCUGUAAAAGAGUCUUACCGGAACAAUGGCAGAACGAAAAUUUACACGUGGUCUGUGCAAGCCUGGAAUGGCUGCACAGGUUCGGGAAAAUGUAUCUCAGGCUGUAAAAGCCACAGCAACACAGGUCAAACCUCGACUUGCUGAUCCCAUAGACUUUGAAGAUUAUGUAUCAAAGAGCAAAAUAAUGUUGAAUAAUGAUACCCUACGGGAACUGUUGCUGUACCCUCCUGAUGAUAUGUCUCACUGUGUUGUUCCUCGAGUUACUAGAACAUUGCAGUCCUUAGCUUCUGUACAUCUUCAAGAGGACAUUACAAACCCUCUUGUUCGCCAAUGCCUCGCUACUUACUCGCAGGACCUCACCACCAUCACAUACAAGUACCUCCCAUAUUCUGGAUCUUACCUCCAUCUCCCAAGAUUGCCACGAGUGGAUGACCUGAAAGAACAAGUCUAUGAAGUGGACACUGAUAUUGAGCAAGGCGAUUUGGCUAUUCUGAUGAAUGGAGAAAAUAUUCUAAAGAAAGGCUAUCUCCUGAAAGGUCCAGAAAGUGGCAAUGAUAAGAUAUUUGGAAACUUCUCCUCCAAAACCUUUAAAAGAAGAUUUGCUUGUCUAAGGCAAGAAGUGGAUGGCACAUACCUACUGGAAUUUCAUAAGGAUGAAAGGAAGCAUGAUCCUAAGGGAACUAUUGUGAUGGAUUUUUGCACACAGAUUACAAGGAAUCCCAAGAGAGGGAAGUGUUGCUUUGAGCUACAGUUGUCUGAAUGUGCAAAGUCUGUGAUGCUCUCUGCUGAGAGUGAGGCAGACUUGGAAGAUUGGAUAGACAAACUAACACGUGUCAUCCAUGCUGACAAACCACAAGAUGAUUCUCGGAGUGAAAGAGGGAUAACACCUCCAUCAAGUAAUUAUGGAACUCUAAGAGGUCUGGAACACAGCCUUAAUCCUCAGCUAAUCAAAUAUGCACAUGAAACUGACUACUCCAUAGCACAGGCACGGAGAGAAGAUCGUCACCAACUCUUUACUUGUUACUCCAACCUCCCUCGCUCGGAGAGUGAAAAUGGCAGUGUAGAACUGAAAGAUGAAAGUCUAAUUUGGCCUUAUGAAGAGAAGUUUGGAACAAGGUUUAGAGUUCUGUUUGAAAGUAUAAAGUUUAGACUGCAAGCCCCAUUAGACUCUGGUGAUGGACCCUUGUCUCAGCUUGAACCAUACAUAACCCAUGCUGCUCUUUAUGAUGUCAGUAGAAGCUGUAAGCUUUCAGAAGAUUUUCACUUUGACAUGAACAAUCCAAUGGCACGAAAUUUGUUGGCAAGGAACAAGAAGAAAUCUGACGACACAAAAGAAAAUUCAGGGAUCUCUCUCCCACUUUCUCUCUCAGGAAUCCCAGAAGAGUGGAUUGCACACCCAAAACAGGCUGUCAUGAGUGUAACAAGACCUAACAGUGAAGUUUUCCUUGUAAUUUGGAUUGAGAAAGUUCUACAGGGAUCAAUUGGCCAGACUGUGGAGCCCUACUUGAAAAGCAUGGACCUAAAGAGUAUUCAGAAGCUGCAAAGAACAAUUAAAACAUGCUGUCACAGGCUUGGCACCUUCAAGAUGCCAUUUGGCUGGUGUGCUCGGCCACUCUUCAAAAACUCGGGAAAUUUGGAUACAGAAUCUGAUUUUUCACCAAUUUAUCGUAGUGAUGAAAAAAAAUUGGGUGAAUCAGAAUUCAUAAGACUGUUAUCUGACUUUCGGAAACCAGAGAAAAUGAAUAAACUAACAACAAUACCAGGAAAUGUCAGUGUUCAAAUAGUGCCCAUGGAGGUUACACUACCAAAUUCUCUCACACCAGCAUUGGAACCAGUUAAACCAUUUCCCAACCCUCCCACCCAUGAACCUACUGUUGAAGUUCAAGAGUUUCCUUGUAAACAUAUAGAUGACAUUCAGCCUUUUGUGAGUUACUGUAACCAUCUUUAUGUUUAUCCUCACAAUCUCAAUUAUGAGAAUCAGAAGAGCUUCAGCAGAGCUAGGAACUUAGUCUGCUCUGUUGAACUUCGAGACUCGGACAGUGAAGGUGCAACUUCUCUCUGUGCAAUUUAUGGUCGACCAGGUUCUGGAGCUCUGACUACACAGAUGUCGACUGUUGUUCUACAUCACAAUACAGUUCCUGAUUGGGGAGAUGAAGUGAAGAUUCUGUUACCUCACAAUUUGUCAUCAUCACAUCACCUGCUAUUUACAUUUUCACAUGUUGCCAUAGAGGCAGCUAAAGCAGGCAAGAAAGAUGUCCCAGUAGAAACAGUUGUAGGUUACUCAUGGCUGCCUCUUACCCACAAAGGACGGCUAGUCACAGAAGCUCAGACUCUUCCUGUGGCAGCUCACUUGCCAGCCAAAUACCUGUCAAUUGAGCCUCUUGGACUUGGAAAAGGGUUUGCAGGACCGGAAGUACGAUGGGUUGAUAAUCAAAAAAAUGUCUUUCAUGUGUCCAUGCGCUUGGUCUCUACAGUGCUGAAUUCAGAUCAGCACCUGCACAAUUUCUUCCAGUCCAGCUCCUCACUUCUACCUCUAACUGGUUCCUCUAGUGGGGGCUGUGGAGCUUCUAGUCCAAGGUCUGCUCAACCUAUUGACAUUGACACACUCAAAAACUUGAAGGCACUUCAUGCCCUGGAAGUUGGAACAAUAAUAGCAUUCUUUCCAACACUUCUUAAUCAACUUUUUGGUGUUCUUCUAAAUGUUGGCCCAGAUGUUGCUACAAAUGUCACCCGAGUCAUGGUUCAUAUCAUUGAUCAAGUGUAUGAGGCUGGACGUGAUGACAUUCUGAGCUCUUACAAUAAGUAUGUUAUGAGCAUUUCUUGUCAUGGGCGCAAAACUGUUCAUGAAGAGCUCUGUCACUCUCUUACGGAGCUCCUCCAGCCCUCCGGAAUGGAUCAGACCCUGAUCAACAAAAUUCUUCGCCAUGGGCAGUUCUUUUUUGCCUUUAUUACUCGCUCCAUGGCUCUUCACUUGUUAACAACAGCUAGAAUAAAGAUGGUUCGAAAUGAGAGAUUUAGUGAAGAGUUUCAAAGUGAAGUACAGUCACUUGUGGAGGUGGUUAGUACUCACAUUGUCCAACGGUACAAAGAAAAUCCUGUGGAGGCACGAGCAGCCAACUCUGCUCUUGCACAUUUCCUCAAGCGAUGUCUCAGCAUGAUGGACCGAGGGUAUGUGUUUGGGCUCAUUAAGUUGUAUCUAGAGCAUUUUAGUCCUGGCGACCCUAUUAUCCUCCACGUGUACAAGUUCACUCUGUUACGUGUAGUGUGCUCACAUGAACACUUUGUGCCACUCAACCUUCCCAUCUUCAAUACACCUCUCAGCCCAGAUGCAAAAAAGGCUAAAUUACGUCACGGCACAGAUGAAUUCUUCCUGAGCACUGACUUCAACUCCAAACAUUUCCUUGUGGGAGCCUUGUUGAGUGAGCUGCGUGUUUCUCUUGGAGAAAUUGCAGAGGUGCAGCGGGUGGCAAUCGGUGUCCUGAGAGACUUGUUGGCCAAGCAUUCCUUUGAUGACAGAUACUUACAGUCCGCACAACAAGGGAGGAUUGCCUGUUUAUAUUUUCCAAUUGUUACAAUUCUUUUGGAAAAUGUUAAGCGGCUCAGUUGGCCUCUAGCCCCAUCCUCCACCAGUUCCAGCCAGCGCCGGCUGGACCCUCGGGCCAGUUCCAGGGCACGCAGUGGGAGAUCUGGAGCAGGAAGUAUUGACAUGAGCACCUACAGCACGCCUUCACGCAAAGGUUCCAGCCGAAUAGACGUGUCCAGCUUGUCUGGUAGGGGAGAUUCUUCAUAUCUGGCAAUCAUUGCUGGUCCAGGUGGUCUAAUUCCACCCCAUGCUGCACUAGUAAAUGGAAGGUCCAGCUCUAGUCUAGAGUCAGAGGAUCAGUUACCAUCUGUAGCCAACUCAGAGGCACUGGAGGAAGAAAUGGAGGAAGAUGAUGAUGAGAAAAGUCAUUCCAGAAAUUUGAGUGUGGCAUUUGCUGGAGAGAGUGGACCAGUGAGGUAUGACAAGUUAAGUCCUGGGGAGGUGCGGGACCUACUCCUGUGUUUCCUUCACACACUCAAACAUGUUCCUGAGGCUCAUCUGGUGUCUUGGUGGGUUACUCUCAGCAGUGAAGCAUUGAACCACUUCUUCACACUUCUACAGCUUUGUUUAUACCAUUUCAAGUACAGUGGUAAAAGACAAAUAGUAAGAGAACAGGCCCCCAAAAAAGCAUCUACUUUACCUGCUAAGCUUCAGCCUCCAUACUCCAGUGGCAGGAUGUCCACAGCCACGGACAGUUACAGUGUGAGCAGUCAUGAGGGAGAAGGAUGGCUGAAAGCUCUUCAAGAAGCAAAUCUUGCUUCAGAAGUCAGUCUGAUAGUGCUUGAUGUUUUGGGUAACUUCACAACACACUGCCGUGACAUCCUCACUUCUGACGGAGCAGAAGUCAUUAUGCAGCAGGUCUUUGCUCUUCACUUACUUUUCCUUCAACUUGGACAGUCAGAAAAUGUGAUGAAACAUGUAUUCGCAUCAAUCAGAGCUUUCAUCAAUAAUUUCCCUCGAACACUGUUUCAAGGGGAUGCUUCACUGUGUGGGUCUCUCUGCUUCGAGAUGUUAAAAUGCUGCAACAGCAAGCUGACCAAUUUGCGCCAUGAAGCCUGUGCUGUGCUCUACCUUCUCAUGAGAAGCAACUAUGAAUUCACUAGGCGAACAGGCAUCAACAGAGUUCAUUUACAGGUGAUAAUUUCUGUGUCACAACUUCUUGGGGAAGUUAUUGGCCUGAAUAAUUCGAGGUUCCAGGAAUCCAUGGCGCUUAUAAACAGCUAUGCUUCAAGUGACAAGGCAAUGAAUAAUACAGGAUUUGUCAGUGAAGUACGGGAUUUGACAAAGAGAAUACGCACAGUUUUAGUUGCCACUGCUCAAAUGAGGGAGCAUGAACGUGAUCCUGAAAUGUUAUGUGACCUGCAGCAUUCACUAGCAGCCUCCUAUGCUGCCACUCCUGAGUUACGCACCACCUGGCUUCAGGCCAUGUCCAAGCAUCAUGUCAAAAAUGGGGACCUAUCAGAGGCUGCAUUUUGUCAGCUGCACAUUGCUGCUCUCAUGGCAGAAUAUCUACGACACCAAGGAGAGUUCCCCGAUGGCUGUCAGAUCUUUUCCAUUAUAUCAGACAACAUUCCACGUGAUGAGUCUAAUUUACGUCUUGAUGCAGAUGAUGCAUGCAACUCCAAGCCUCCACGCUUUCACUCUGGACUGGUUGACACUGUCUUCACAAUGGACUCAUUGAUAAACCAGCUGGAGUUGGCUGGUGGGAUGGUGGAACGAUCUGAACGUUAUGAGUUGCUGGGCAACUUGUACCGGAUUCUUAUUCCUAUUUACGAGGCUCGGCGCAACUAUCCAGCCCUAGUUCAAUGUUACUCCCACUUAUACCAGGCAUAUUCCUGUGUGGUGGAAGUCAAUACCUCACAGAAGAGGUUGUUGGGUCGGUACUACAGAGUUGCCUUCUUUGGACCAACCUACUUUGAAGAUGAAGCUGGGAAAGAAUAUGUGUAUAAGGAACCUAAAGUGACUUCACUGGCUGAGAUAUCUGAACGUCUUUACCACCAAUAUUGUGAUAAAUUUGGCAAGGAGGCUGUGAAGAUGAUAAUGGAUUCAAAUCCAGUUGAAGCAGAUGAACUUGAAUCUAGGUAUGCAUACAUUCAAGUAACUCAUGUUUCUCCUUACUUUACUGAGGAGGACCGAGUCAACAGACAAACUGAAUUUGAUCGCAACAAUAACAUCAAUACAUUUAUGUUUGAAACUCCUUUCACUCAAGGAGGUAAGGCUCAUGGGAAGUUGGAGGAGCAGUGGAAGAGAAGAGUCAUCAUUAAGACUGAUUAUUCUUUUCCCUACGUAAAGAAGAGAAUCCUUGUCAAUCAUACAGAGGUUUUAGAAAUGUCACCAAUUGAAGUAGCAAUUGAUGAAAUGGAGAGUCGGGCAAAAGAGCUUAAAGAAAUAAUCAACAAGAAACCAACUGAUGUUAAGAAGUUGCAAUUAAAACUUCAGGGAAGCAUUAGUGUCCAAGUGAAUGCAGGACCCCUGGCUUAUGCUUCUACUUUCCUUGAUGAAUCACACUGUGCUUCAUAUCCUGUCAAUCAAGUACUGCGGCUCAAGGAUGUAUACAGAGAGUUUGUGUGCAUAUCCAAGGAAGCAUUAGACUUGAACAGUCUAGUUAUAAGCAGUGAUCAGUAUGAAUAUCAAAUGGCCUUGGAGAGCAAUUUCUCAGAGUUGCUACAGUCCCUAUCUUCCAUCCUGAAUGAGCCUCUUUUAGCAGCUCAGGUGGCUGUUGACAGUGUACUGAAGAGGUCAUCUCAACACUACUUGAGCAUGAUUAGCUCUCCUGGGGGUGCCAGUAGUAGUGCGGUUUGAAUGGAGAAAUGAGGAACAGGAGCUGUGCUGUCUGUUACAGCUCCCUCUGCCAGCCACCAGCAUCUUUCCAAGCUACAAUAACAUUUAGUUUAUUUAUGUCUUGCAGACUAGAGGCAUAUGUAGCCUGUGAUAAAGCCUUGAGAAAUUUGAAAUAUUAUUAUUUAUUUGAUCAUUUUCAUUCAUUUGUCUUAUUUUUCUAUAUCUUAUUAUAAAGUGUGGUGCUAUCAGUUAUUUGACUAUCUUACUUGGAAUUUAUGGUUUUUAGAAUAUAUUAUUUUGAAAUAUCUGUAGAUAGCCAGUGGACAAUAAACUAAACAUUUGUAUCUCUGUGGUCACCUGUAGCACUUUUGUGGCCAGCCGAAGGACUCAUAACUCACCAUCCUACAUGCUUUCCUUACACAAUAAUCAAGCUAUAUCUCGUGUUUACAGCAAAGUCUGCUCUUGUAAAUAACUUUGCUGAUCAUUGCAUGUGUUUGCACCACCACCACCACCAUUGCUAUUGCCUGUGGUAUUACAUAAUUAUUAACCCAUGUUAAGUCCUCAGCAUCAACAUGGCUGUGUAGUACAACAGGAAUAUCAUCAUGUUUCAAAAUUUUGAUGCUCAUUAUUUUGUUUAAAGUGAGAGUGAGGCAACAAUGGGAUACUAUCAUCGUGGCAUUACAUAUUCCAUAAUAGUGACUCAGACAAUAAAACACUUCUUGAAUUACCAUAUACUACUGUAAAUGUAUUUAUUGUUGUAAAGAUACAUUUAUUUCUAUAAAAGUGAUUAAUUGCUGGAGUUCAUAAAUGGUGAUACACUAUGUUACUUUCAGGUUUUAGUGAGUGUUUUUGUUGCAGUGUACAGUAUCACAUUAGCAAAGAGUUAUCAGCUGUACUAUUUUAAAUGCAUCAGCUCCAAAUUCAAGACCUGAGGUAUAUUUGAUUUUAUGAAGAAAAAUUGAUACCAUGAACAUUAGUUUCUAGUCAUCAUCAUUGCUUGGAACCAAACAGAGGCUUUUAUGCGGAGAUGGCAUCAAUGGAACUCCUAUUAUUUUAAUUACAGCUAAAACAUUGUUUGUGCUUAGAGAAUAAAAUUGAUUUGAAACUCAAGAAAUAUAACAUAAGAGUUGCUGCUGCAGUAGAAAAAUAUGGUUUUACAAAAAAUCUAAUUAUGAAGAUUUAGCUUUUUUGUUUCAUGAUCACAAAUAGCUGCAAUGCACAAGUAAGGGCUAAGAACAGACAAUAAAAAUAACAACAGUAGAAAAGCAAUGGUGAUGAUGGUUAAGAUUUAU